AUGGCCUAUCUGUAUCUAUUAUGCAUAUAUUAUCUUAUUUGGACUACACGUACGAAUGCAUCACUUUCGACAAUAGGCAAUGUCUACUAUAACAUGCGUUAUAAUUCAACAGACACUAUAAUCACUAGUCUGACGGUAAAAUAUCAAGUAGUUUGCGCUGCUCAAUGUGCAAAUCUAUUUGUCAAUUGCAAUACUGCUGUAUUUGAUAGUUUGGCUAUUCCUCAAUGCUCGCUAUAUAGCGGAAGAAUAACACCAGCGAAUCUUACCGUCUCGAUUAGUACAAUAGUUUAUGACUUUCAGCAGAGUAAAUUACCAGCUACUCCGAUCUUACAUGGUUGGAAUAAAACGGGUAUUACGGUAGCUGGUGCGAGUAACGGCUCUGCAGGCAAAGCAGCAAAUCUGCUCUCUCAACCAUAUGGCACCGCAUUAGGUUCAUCCAACUCACUUUAUAUUGCCGAUUUUGCCAACAAUCGCAUACAAAGAUGGUUAAUCAAUGAAUCGAAUGGUACAACGGUGGCUGGUCUAUCCAAUGCCACUGCUGGUGCAAGCUCAGUUGCUUUAAACAUGCCUGUCAGUGUUGUGCUCGAUUCCAAUGAUAAUAUGUAUUUCACAGAUAAAAUUAAUCAUCGGGUUGUAUAUUGGGCAAAUGGUGCAUCAUCUGGCACUACGAUUGCUGGUAUUCUAGGUAUUUCGGGAUCUACAAACAACACCUUCAAUCGUCCGAAUGGUAUAGCCCGUGACUCCAGCACAGGUACACUUUAUAUAAGCGAUGUACACAAUCAUCGUAUAAUGAAAUAUCUCUUGAAUGCUUCUUCGGGUAUAGUAGUUGCUGGUGGAAAUGGUGCAGGAACUGGUAUUACACAAUUGUACUAUCCGUUUGGCUUUACUUUUGAUUCGUCUUCAAAUAGUCUUUUAAUUGCUAAUUAUCGAGCACACAAUAUUGUUCGUUGGGUAUUAGGUGCAAGUAGCUGGACACUCGUCAUUGGUAGUCUUACUGGAUUAAGUGGUAGCACAUCAACACUUCUCAAUCAACCGGUCGGCAUCACAUUAGAUUCAAUGGGCAAUAUCUAUGUAGCUGAUUCAAGAAAUCAUCGCAUUCAAUUUUUCGUUGCAGGCCAAUCCAACGGCAUAACAAUUGCUGGCGUCACAGGUUUAUCUGGCAACAGUCAGAGUCAAUUAUCGUUUCCCUAUUGGGUGACAAUUGAUGAUCAACUGAAUUUAUAUGUAUCCGAUUAUAAUAACAACCGAGUUCAAUUGUUUCUACAUUGUUAA